AUGAUGUUCAGUGAUAAUCACCCGCUCGCCCAAAAGGAUUUCUACGAUACUAUGGACGUCAGUUUCAAUUUUUAGCUUUCACAUUAAUUAUUGAGACAAGUUUAGGUGAAACCUCGAAAAAUAAUGUAUUUGGAUGGAAGUUCGUCCCUCAACGACGUUAAACUUUUGUCUCGGGGGUAUGAUUUUUUUUCAACUUGAAACGUCUGAAAAUCUUGUUCAGUGUGCCAUUUCCUUGGAACUCCGGGCAAGUCGAUGAUUUUUGGAGACAGUUGAAAUAUCUGGAGCCGUGCCAGGAACUGGCAAUAAAAUUUAUUCACACGAAAGAGCUGUUUUUGGAGGAGGAAGCAGUACAUAGGUGAUUUUUGGAUUUUUUAUCAAUAAAAAAAUGAAUAUAAAAAAAGGUUGAAGUGAAACGUAGACACGUGAAAAGUUUUCAGAAUUUUGUCACAAGUGCAAAGUUUUCAGAAGUUUCGCCGGUGAAAUCCGCCAGAAAAUCGAGGCGACUGGCAUGAGUGCGGAUCUCGAAGAAAAUUUGAAAUUUUCCUCGAUUGGAAAUUUAGAGGAGGCGGCGAAAAAAAUGUUUCGAGGAACAUCGAAAAAGUUAUUUUGCCUGGUUCUGUACUUUGGAGCUGGCGAAGUUCAACUCGUCUCUCGUAAGAAAUAAUUUUUAAAAAAAGCUGUGAAAAAAAUUUUUCCGAUUUAGGCGUAGCUGAAAAAAACUGA